CAUCUCCAUGCCCAAUUUCACCUGCGACCUCAUUUCUCACUUCUUCACACUUCCGACAUUUGGAGUCAAAUUCGUGUCUGUAUUCCUAGUUCAUGCACUGAAGAACAACCGUCUCAAGAAGCACUACUGCUUAUAAUUGGUUUCUAGGAAAGGAAAAUCAAGAUGAGUGAGAGCGCAGGAUCAAGGCAAGCCCACAACCAGGUGUUUGAUAUCUCCGUCAAUGUGCCUAAUCAGGGUGGCUCCAAGUGUUUCGACGACGACGGCCGUCUCAAAAGAAGUGGAACUCUAUGGACGGCGAGUGCCCACAUAAUAACUGCUGUGAUUGGGUCUGGAGUUCUGUCCUUGGCUUGGGCCACGGCCCAGUUGGGUUGGGUUGCUGGUCCCUCUGUCAUGUUCAUGUUCUCCAUCGUCACCUAUUACACUUCUACGCUUCUCGCGGCAUGUUACCGCUCCGGCGACCCGGAUACCGGCAAGAGGAACUACACUUACAUGGAUGCUGUGCGGGCCAACUUAGGUGGGUUCCAGGUUAAGCUGUGUGGGGCAAUUCAGUACUUGAAUCUUUUUGGAGUUGCUAUUGGCUACACCAUUGCGUCAUCUAUAAGCAUGAUGGCAAUUGAGAGGUCAAAUUGCUUCCAUUCAAAAGGAGAUGACAGCCCUUGUAGAGUUUCAAGCAAUCCUUACAUGAUUGCUUUUGGUGUUGUGGAAAUAAUUUUGUCCCAAAUCCCAGAUUUUGACCAGAUAUGGUGGCUCUCAAUUGUUGCUGCAGUUAUGUCUUUCACUUACUCCACCAUUGGUUUAGGCCUAGGAAUUGCUAAAGUUGCAGAAAAUGGAAAAAUCAUGGGAAGUCUCACUGGAAUAAGUAUAGGUAAAGUCACUGAAACACAGAAGAUAUGGAGAAGCUUCCAAGCUCUUGGGGCCAUAGCUUUUGCCUAUUCUUACUCCCUUAUUCUCAUUGAAAUUCAGGAUACUAUAAAAUCCCCACCAUCAGAAUACAAGACAAUGAAGAAAGCCACCCUUCUAAGUGUAGCAGUAACAACAAUUUUCUACAUGUCCUGUGGCUGCUUUGGCUAUGCAGCAUUUGGGGACAUGUCCCCAGGAAACCUCCUCACCGGUUUCGGCUUCUACAACCCUUACUGGCUUCUGGACAUAGCAAACGUCGCCAUUGUGAUCCACCUCAUUGGUGCAUACCAAGUUUUCUGCCAGCCCCUCUUCGCCUUCAUUGAGAAAACAGCUCUAGAAUGGUUCCCCGACAGCAAAUUCAUCACCAAAGAAAUCGCGAUCCCUAUCCCGGGCUUUAGGGCUUACAAGCUCAACCUCUUCAGGCUUGUUUGGAGAACAAUCUUCGUGAUCGUUACGACCAUCAUUUCCAUGCUGAUGCCGUUCUUCAACGACGUUGUUGGGAUUUUAGGGGCCUUCGGAUUUUGGCCUCUGACGGUAUAUUUCCCUGUGGAGAUGUACAUCAAGCAGAAGAGGAUUCCCAAAUGGAGCACAAGAUGGGUGAGCCUCCAAAUUCUAAGUGUUGCUUGCUUGGUAAUAUCAGUUGCUGCUGCCGCUGGUUCAUUUGCUGGAGUUGUUUCUGAUCUCAAAGUUUACAAGCCUUUCAAGACUAGUUACUGAUCAUUACUUGAGUACUUUCCAGAUUCAGAUUGAAAAGAAAGGGAGAAGCAGAAACAAAGAUUAUUAGAAAAUUCAUGUUCAUAACAAGUAAGGAAAAAGAGUUCAUGCAUGUAUAUGUAUUAAUGUGGGAAUCAAGAAUGCCAUAUUUUCCCAAUGCAAUAUGUUCAUCUAUUUACCUAAAUCAGAUUAAGA